AUGGGGGUAUCACUGCCUUCAUAUCCUUACCCACCACCCCGUGAUGGAUAUUGGGGUCCUGUGACAUCGACCCUGAACUGGUGCGAGGAGGAUUAUUACGCUACACCAUAUGCCGCUGAAAUCAUGAACUCGUUCACCAACCUCGCAUUUGUCUACCUGGCGUAUCGAGGGAUUGCCAGCUGUAUUCGAAACGGGCAUGACUGGGUGUUUCUCAUUGGCUUCAUCAGCUAUUUGGUUAUCGGCCUCGGGAGCUUCUUGUUCCACGCGACUCUCAAGUAUGAAAUGCAGCUUCUUGAUGAAUUGUCCAUGGUUUACACCACGUGCAUCAUGUUCUAUGCUAUCUUCGCGCACCGGAAGUCGGUGACGAGUGCGGUGUUCACCGGGCUGUUCACCACGUUCAUUGCGGUUUUCAUCACGGGCUAUUAUUACUAUAUCAAGGAUCCGCUGUUCCAUCAGAAUGCAUUUGCUCUGCUGACGGCCGUCGUCUUCUUCCGGAGCCUCUGGGGGAUGGAAGUGACUCUUCGGCCAUCGCGUCGUAACAAGCGCCCUGAUUUUGUUCCUGCCCGGGAUAAGGCUGAGCAGGCGAGGAGAGAUCGUCGAGAUCUGGACAUUCUGAGGACGAUCUGGAGGAGGAUGAUCCCCGUUGGUAUGGGCUCCAUUGCUUUUGCGUUUCUGAUCUGGAACUUGGACAACAUUUUCUGCACUACUUUACGGCAGUGGCGCCGUCAGUUUGGCCUGCCUUGGGGGAUACUGUUGGAAGGUCAUGGUUGGUGGCAUGUUUUUACGGGCAUUGCCCAGUAUUUUAACUUGACCUGGAGCAUAUGGAUGAGAUAUUGCGUCGAAGGCAAACAAGAUGACUUCGAAUUGGUCUGGCCGUCAACUCUCACCACCGUUCCAAGUGUGGAGCGGUCACAAUCUAUCCAAUCGGCUACAGGCAGGAAAUCGGCGUUAAAAAAGAAGGUCUGA